AUGAACGCCGUCGACGGAGGUGGUUCCUAUCAAAGCCUUUCCCAAAUGUCUCUUUUAGAUGUCUUCUUUCCUGGUCUCAGUAUGGCCUCUGCCUCCGCACAGCAGCUGCUUGCCGGUAACCUGGACAGCUACACUCGGCUCCUUUGUACCUUAGGACUGUUUGUCCUCUUCACUCGCUAUGCAGUCCGCUAUGUUGGGGAGCUAGUGAGAAGCUACUUCACUUCGACAAUCCAUGUCUCAUAUUACGACGAAGCAUACGACAUGCUAGUUGAUUGGAUAGCUCACCAACCCUUUGUCCGCAACGCUCACUCAACGAUCGCUCGCGUUAGAUCUCCACAGCGAGCAACCAUCCAAAACCAAGCAAAGAAAAAGCCUUUGACCUUCUCGCCUUGGGAUGGAUCUUUCCCUUUCUGGUAUAGGGGACACCUGCUCAUACUUCACUGCACCGUCAAAGACCAUCGAGAAGAUAUCUACAUCUCCUCCAUUGGCCUUUAUCCAAACAUUCUCAAAGAGCUCGUUGAAGAAUGCCGAGAGAAUUAUCUUAAUAACAUUGACAAAAAGAUCACUGUUUUUGAGCACCGCGAAGGGGAUUGGAAGAAAACUAGGUUGAGACCAAUUCGGCCCGUCUCUACAGUCAUCAUGGACAAGCAAGUACAGGAUGACCUUUUGGGUGAUGUGAAGGACUUUCUGGAUGAAGAUACUCAAAAGUGGUACGCCGACCGCGGAAUUCCCUACCAGCGUGGCUACCUUUUAUAUGGGCCUCCUGGAACCGGAAAAUCAAGCUUCAGUCUCUCACUAGCCGGGGAAUUUGAACUGGAUAUUUAUACGCUUCAAUUGUCCGGUAUUUCGGACAGCAAGCUGAUGAAGCUAUUUGCUGAGCUUCCACCGCACUGUAUCGUUCUCCUAGAGGACGUCGACGCCGCUGGGAUGGGGCGUAGGGACGAUGCGGCCGCAGAUCAAGAGAGCAAUUCAGGCUCUGGAGUCACCCUAUCGGGUCUUCUUAAUGUCCUUGAUGGUGUUUCAUCUCAAGAAGGUCGGGUCCUCAUUAUGACAACCAACCACAUCGAACAUCUGGAUGAAGCGCUCAUUCGGCCCGGGCGCACAGACAAGAAAGUGCAUUUUAAUCUUGCGGAUAGGAAAAUUUCGGCUCAGCUUUUUUACACAGUCUUCAAGCAGACGCCCGACCCCAAUCAAUCUAAGAAACAACUGGGCGACGACACGAUUGUGAGGCUUGCUAACGACUUUGCUUCCAAGGUGCCAGAUGAGGUUUUCAGUCCAGCAGAAGUUUUGUCGUUCCUACUGGAGCAGAAGAACUCGCCUUUUGGCGCUGUUGCUGGUGUUGAAACCUGGGUAGCAAAGGCAAAUGAGGCAGCGAGCCAACUGAAGAGAGAUGGUUCUUGGGUACAAGAAGGACGUUAA